AUGGCUCCUGGCACGGCUGAUCCAAGCAGCCUCCCCAACGCCAACUCCUGCCUCCCCCAUGACCCACCCUGGGUGGCUGGCGUGGCGGUCUCUCUGUUCUACUCAGCCCUCUUGCUCUUCAGUGCCCUGGGAAACGUCCUUGCCCUUUGCCUUGCCUUUCAAAAGGGCAAGAAGAUCAACUCAACAGGUGUCUACUUGGUCCAUCUGGCCGUGUCCGACCUCCUGUUCACCUUGGCCCUGCCCGGAAGGAUCACCUACUACGCACUGGGCUUCAGCUGGCCCUUUGGUGAUGGGCUGUGCAGGCUGACGGCGUUCAUAUUCUACACCAGCACCUACGGGGGCAUGUACCUCAUGACCUGCGUGAGCGUGGACCGCUACCUGGCUGUGGUCGGUGCCCACCAGUGUCCCGGGCUCCUCCAGGCCAGCCGAGCCAGGCUCGUGUGUGUGGCUGUCUGGGCUUUGGCGCUUCUGCAGAUGGCACCCUUGCUCUUGAGGGCUUUCACGCUGUCCCUGCAGGUCACGGUGUCCCUUAUGAACAUGAACUGUGGCAUUGACCCUGUCAUUUACUUCUUUGCAUCUACGAGUUACAGGAAAUGGCUCCUCAGCAUUUUCAACCCCAGAGCAUCCCCCUCCCCCUCCUCCUCCCCGCCAGGAAAAGCUUCCUCAGAAACUCCGAGCAUCAACCAGACCAGGGGCUCUGUGUCCCUUGUGGAGAAUGUGGUCUAA